AUGGGGUUCCAAGUUCUUGGCCAACAGGCCGCCAUGCUCACAUUCCUCAGGUAUGUCGACCACCAGCGCAACCUCCCACUCCAGGAGAUGUUCUGCGACAUCUUCGACCCCGCAGAAAACAGCUGGACCACGCUCCCAGCUGCCGCCUACACAAACCUCGGCGUAGGUCGGGGAAUUUUCGAGCGGGCGGCGUUUUUCGGCGCUGCAGCGGUUGAGGGCCGUGUGGUGGCGCUGGUGGGAGGCGUCACAAUUGCCUACAACCCCAAGCUCCCUGAAGAUGGCUGGCGUGCGGUGGAGGCGCCCACCAGCCACGUGAAGGUGGGUGCCUCUUCCUGCGCCUGCGCCUUCCAGGGCGAGUUGAUCGUGGCCUCCGGGCGUCCACGCUGCUUCUCCAAGCGCGUUGCCGGCUUCCGAUUUUCUGCUGAUGCCUCACAGCCUCUCUGGUGGCACGGCACUUGGCGUCAGCUGCCGAAUCUGCACUGCGGUCGCGUUGGCGGGGCGAUGGCCGUUGUCUACAACCGCUUGUACAUCACUGGAGGUGUCGACGAGGAUACCGGCGAGUUCUACGACACAGCAGAGCGCCUGGCAGAAGAGUCCUGGGAAUGCGUGCCCUGGUUCCAGAUGCCCCGCGCGCUGCAUGCGCACGAGGCGCACGCGAUGCCGUACCUCCCUUCGAAAGCUUAG